AUGAUCUCCGGCACUGUGUUCAAGUCUGUCCUCCGUAUUCCUGACGGAACAACCAGACUCCCCAGUCCGAAAAUUUUGAAGCCAUCCCAUACAUUCUUAUCCCUCUGGAUUCCCGGUACAACGGUGAUCAACGGAAGAAUUGGAAAGCGUCUAUCAACUGAUACGGUGAAUAUAGAGCUCACUUUAGCCUCACAAGUGGUGCAAAACCACCCAAAUGCCGUCGCGGAUCUGGUUUGCCUGCUCUGUUCAGAAACGCAACGCGUUUUCCUGAACUUUCCUGCAUAUUCAUUGACUGUUGCUCAAAUCCAAGCAACUGCUACAAAGCAACUCCACAACUUCCGCAACAGAUCUCACUUUUCAGGAGCCGCAAAGCGGAUUUACGCGAAAACAUAUUACUCGCAUGUCUCCUCCAUCAGUAGUAUCACCGUUACACACCUUCUCCCUUUAAAAAUCCUUCGCAUGCCAUCGAUUUUCAUUCACCUCCGUCAAAUCGGCUUCGGCAGCGCGUCUACUCGGCUGCUCCUCCUCCGGGGACAAGCGUGUGGCCGGCCAAAACCCAAGUUCCUGAUCAACCGGAAGGCGCGGAUGUCGACCGUACAUCAGCAUAAACGGGGACUUGCCUGUGGUUGA